CUGUCCCGUGUCGGGGAAGGCGCCGCGGGUGCGCGUCCCGCAGAAACCCCGCGGGGCCAGGAGCCCGUCGGGUUUGCCUCGGCUUUUAAUCCUGCCCGCGCAGUGGAGGGAGCUGCACCCCGUCAGUGAUGGCUUCGAAAGUGGUGCAACUUGUGCAUGAAUGCCUAAGUCCCUUCCGCUCCGCUGGCUUUUUUUUUUGUUUGUUUAAUUUCCAGAUGCGUCCUGCUCUUGGUCUUUUUGUGUACUACUUUGCCAGUCUAGUGCCCUUUCUUUCCUUCUUUAAAGAAUAAUGAAUUAGCAAUAUUUGAUCCUACUAUCCUUCCUUUUUCUUACAAAAUCCACCCCGACAUAGUGUGCAGCAUCGGCAAUGUUCCUGUGGCUUUAAUUGGCUCAAGUCACAGCAGACUAAUUUUAUGAGCAAGGUAUAUUUGCAGGAUGUCCCAUAAGAAUAUCCUUGCUAUUCAGUAGAACUAAAACUAAACUUUGUUUCCAUAUUCAUCAUAUUUAGCUCUUUGCUCCAAGGAAGUUUUGGAAACUCUUCUGUAAGAACUUGAACGCUGCAGUUACAGGAAUUGUCCUCUCCAGAAAGAUCCAUCUCAAAGGCAGAUCCAAAAAAGUUGUUUGCAUUUCAUUUUACUGCAUUUCUUUCCUAUAUUCUUGACUUACGGUCUGUUGUUGUUACUCUGCCUGCAGCAUCCAUGGUUUUUGCAUGGGUUUAUAUUCUGUGUGCUGUCUUGUGGUGCUGUGGCUUGUGAUUGCAGAGGGGAGAGCAGGUGUCUGUGCCACCACAGGGCCAGCACACAUCUGCUGAGAGUAUCAGGAGAAACCCCUUUAUGCUGUACCUGCUGUCUCAGUCGCCUGGUCAAUGUACCAAUUCCUCUGCCUUUCCAUCCUCCACUAAAUGAUACCUGCACAGGAGCACGGAAGGGCUCAAAGAAACAGAAGAACUAAUUUAUGCUGAGUAUUUAGUUAUUCUGUAUAAAAGCAUGUUCAUGGCAGGACAGGUCAUGAAAUGUACUAAAUACUUACAUUAAUGUCAUGGUGAGGAUGAAAUGCAGUUUGUAAUUACAGCUGAAAGAUCUGCAUUAAUUUGGCAAUUACUAACCAGAUAUGUUAACAAUUUGCUAACUUACUUUAAAAAGAAAAGAUAAUUUGAAAAAAACCCAACUUCUCUAAGUAAGUUAAUAGAGGAAAAUGUACUUCAUUUUCUUCCAUUGAUGUGUAAAUCAUAAAACUUUGAGGCUUUUCCAAAAGGAAAGAAGGCAAAGAGAAAAUACUGUAGCUAUGGCCCACAUACAUUCACUGUGUUUUUCUUUGUUUCUCUAGCUGAAAGAGUCUACAGCAGGGAAAAUAAAAAUUUUAAAUUUAAAAAUAAAACAAACUAGAAGGAAUCCUAGGAAUGCUGACUGCCACAUGAUGUUCAUUUUUCUUGGGGAUAAAGGUAUUGAACAGAUUACUGAGAGGAUUUAUUUUUUCCAUAUUAGGGAAUUCUUUGCAUUUCAGAUGAGAGCACAGGAAUGCUUCCAAGGUUUCAAGCAGUGCAGAUCUUGUGUUGCAUAGCAGUAUUUUAUAAUUCAAUUUAUAUAAAACAGUUUGAUGUAGAGAGGGCUAGCUGGAAGUUAUAGGACUGAUGCUUAUAGGAGCUGCAGAAGAUUCUUAGUAACAAUACAUUUGAAUUGUUUCUUCUACUGCUAACAUGAAUUAAAACUCUAUAUAACAUGCUAAUUUUCAUGGCUCAUUGUUUCUGUCUGCAGGCUUUAAAUGCUCUCUGUCCAUCUGGCACUGAGCAAGGUGAAGGCAUGGAAAGUGUCUAAAGGGACAAAAAAUAAAAAUGUGAAAACAUUGAAUGAGCAUACAUUGCUUUUUAAAUCACUGAUUAGAGCAGCUUAUGUUUAACAUUUACUCACUGUUAUUCUGCUUUGGUAUCUGUUUCACCUUGAGCUUCAUUUUAGGAAAAGGAGUGCUUGGAAGACAAGGUGUGAUAGAGAUCUAGAGAAAGCAACCAAGGAAGUAUAUCUGGUGUUUUUCAUAAUGCAAGAACUGCCACUUGAUGAAAUGACCAGCAGCAGGCUUAAAACCAGCCAAGAUGUGUUUUACAGGGGAUGUAAGUGGGCUGCAACCCUCAUUCCCAUUGGGUAUAGUGGAGACUGAGUGUAAACAGAUUGGAAAGGGGCUUGAGCAGGUUGACAGACAAUUCCACUGACAGGCUGACACUCAGCCCCGUGGGCUGGGACCCUCUGCCCUUUCCCCUGCCCCUGGCAGCUGUCAGAGGUCUUGCCCUGGGAGAGGGGUGUGUUGUCAGAGACCCGUAGCUGAGUUUGCCUUCUGUUGUUGGAGUUGCAUUGUACAUUGCCUUUUCAUUGUGGAUUUGGAGGGGUUGGUUGGAACUUGGGUGGUUUGACAGUUCCUGGGACAAAUGAGAUUUUAUCUGCCUCAUAGUCAAAAUUGCCUUCUGUCUGUCCCAACAGCCCAGAUUCUCAGUUCUUGCUCUUCUUCUGGCUUAGCCAUCCUUCCCUGGGUCUGUAGGCACAUGCUGAUGAGGUGACACUUGCUGGAGAGCUGUUUUGUUUGAAUGUCUCAAAAUAACUGUAAAUUUACUUUAAGGGCAGCAGUAUUGAAACAAAUGUUUUAAGAGUAGGGUAUACUACUUUUUCUCCUGUUCAUCUAUGUCUAUAUGAAAUGUAUAGAUGUGUUCAUCUGUGAACAGUAUCAUAUGGUUCUGCUUACUGCCUGUGACACUGCAAUCAUAAUUUUCUCAGAAAAUACAGUUUUUCCAGUUUUGUAAUUAUUAUAUAAACAGAUUUCAUGCUUGAAUUACCAGGGGUUUCAUCCUGACAUUCUUUAGGAAAAGGUUAAAUAGAAGAUCCUGUCAAACUGAAUUUCAUCAAAAUGUUAGUAAGUCAGUCUGAUAGGUAGGUAUAGCUCAUUUUGGGUCUUCAGCUUUUAUCCUUAAAUACCUGUCAAAGUAAUUUUGUCAGUACUUUAUUAAUAAAUUUUUUUCUGCCAAAACCCAUUGCUUUACUAGCCAAUAUGUUGAUGAAAGAUGAAAGAAGUGGAAGUUUUAAUUUGUUUAGGCUUCCUGUUGUUGAAUUUUUUAUCAGACAAAUCAUGGUAUGAAUGGUGGUUUAGUACUGAAAAAGACAAAGUGGUUUUUGUUUUAAGAAGUGAGCACUGCUCAUCCUCUGAGUUCUCAGGGGUUUUAUUCAGUCCACCUGAAGGUACCACCAGAACUUCUCACACACAGCCCAGGACAGCAGCUCCCUCACAUUCCCCCCGUUGAUGCUGUGCUUGGUUUGGGGCAGGAAAAGGUGCUUCCUUGCACUGUCCCAUCGUUAACAAACCACCUGCACACUGCAGAUUCAAAAGGGAAAAUGUAAUAGAACACUGACUUGCAAAAAAAUCUGCUCUCUUCAUAUAACACGCAUCAAAUGAAAACUUAAUUUUAAUAUAAGAGCAGCAUCAUCUCUACUGGAUAUGUGUGGAUAUGUGCAGCAGACCUGUGAGGAGUAUUUUCCCCAGCCAGGAGGGAGCUCUUUGUCAGCAUCCUCAGGUGCAAACACGGUGACUGCAGAUGACCAUGGAACUGUGGCUGAGCACACACAGCGGGACCCAGCAGGGCGUGUGAGCGCUGCCUCUGAGCAGCUGCCGGGAGAGGAGGCUUCAGCCGCCGUCCUGAGCGCGGAGGGCAAGGCCGAGUCGGUCAGUGAAAGGGAGGAGCCAGAGGGCACCGAGCCCCUGCCCGCAGGAGAGGAGGAGAGCUCUGAGCUGCCCUCUGUGUGGCGAGAGGAGAGCAGGGGGCCUUCACCGCCAGCGCCACGAGAAGAUGCUGGGGCAUCUCCAGGACCAGCAGAGGACAGUGGGCUGGUAGAGGGCAGUGACAGCUCUGUACUGGAAGCCGUUGAGAAAGUACAUAUUACUGAAGAGGAGCAUCUCAUUGAGGGUGAGAUGGGAGAACAGGUGGAAACUGAGCUGCUCAGUGAGACAGUAAGUGAAGGGCCUGAAACAAAAGAAGAAGAAACAGGAGAAGCUGUGGAUAGUGCAGCAGCGACAGAGAUAGGAUUCACUGUCCAUGAAAUGCCUGCCUCUGUGUCAAAUCUGACUGGAAGGAUGUAGUGAUUUCAAAAGUUGUUAAGAGAAAAGGCAGCAGGGUGAGGAGGAGCUCGAGACUGUAGCAGUGACUCACAGAGGUGAUGUUAAUGUCUGUGACAGGAACUGUGACUGGGUGUGAAUGGGAUGGGGGAAGAGGGAGCAGAACCAGUGCUUGCUUUUAGGUCCACACAGAACAUUCCUACAGAUCUGGCAGAAGAGCAGAUAUCCCCUUCAUCCUGUGAUACUUCCAGGGAACUUUCACUUUGAGUUCCUGUCAGAUUUAGUGCAUAUCAUUUUAUACCUUCAAUUAAUUGCUAAAUUAAUUUUUUCCUUGUGUUUCAGAGACAGCUAAUAACAAGGAAUAGAAGUUAUGUCUCAAUGAAUGUCCUCUUCUUUGGCCUGCUCUUCUGUUCACAUGAAUAUUUUUAAAUUUUAUUGGGUUGGGAAAAUAUAAAGGCUUUUAUGGAUUGAACCACAAGCUACAGACACAUAAAUAGGAGGCAUCAGAAAAAGUUUUAUAUAAUACAGAUUUUUUGAAGUCAAGCUGCCAAGACUUCAAGUGUUUGAAAUACCCAAACUUUCAUCUUCCUGCCACAGAGUGCCUUCUAUACACACCAGCAUAAUUUUUCAACAGCAGUAUGAUCAUUCCUUUUUCAAUUAGGAGUUUUUCCCAGGUUCAGAUUAACUGGCUUCAAAUUGUACAAACUUUCAACCACCAAUGUAUAGCAUGAAGAAUAGAGUGUAGCUUUUUUCUUUUUCAAUGACUGUAUGUAGGCAGUUCCUCUGAGUGCCUGGACUACCAGCGUAGGCAGCUGCUGAAGUGUAGUGCAUGUAGAGGACUGGGAGAGGAAAUUUACCAAGCUCUAACUAAGUGCAGAGGGGAGUUUUCCUGAAAAUAGAAAAUAACAGAGUGCAAUGUCCAGGACCCAGCUGUGUGCUGCUCACUCCCCAUUUUUAAACUCAAAUUUAUUGAAGGGAUUGUAGUGCAAUACAGGGGGCAUUUUUAACUGAGUGGGUUGUUUUAGUUGUAUAAAUCCUAGAAGAUAACUUCACAGUGUUAACAUUCAUGGCCAACAAUAACCUGUCUUUAGCUGUGUAGCUCUCCUCAUAUGCAUUUGUGGCUUCUAAAAUGGACUUCUAAGAGAGAAAAUACAAACCUGCCUGAGAGACAAAUAUAAGCCUGUUCCCAAAGAAAAGGUUAUCUAUUAUAUUCCCCUGGAGUACUGGGGAAAUAUAAUAUCCCCAGAGAAAUAUAAUAUCCUGGAGAAAUAUGCUAUCAGGGACUGUCUGGGUUCUUUUCCAAAAUCAAUUGCAGAGAUGAAAAUGGCAAUACUUUCAAACAAAUUUCCUGUGAAACAGGCCCUGGAUAGGAUUUGUGUUUUGGCUCAGAUAAAGAAUAUAAAUUUCUUCUGGUGGUGAAUGUUGCAGGAUCACAGAAUCAAUUCAGUUGGAAAACACUUCUAAGUUACUUGAGUCAAAAUGUUGACUGAAGACCACCUUGUCAACGAGACCAUGGCAGUAAGUGCCACGUACAGUCAUUUCUCAUCCAGGGAUGGUGACUCCACCACCUCCCUGGGCAGUCCAUUCAAUGUUUGACAACCCUUUUAUAUGAAGAAAUUCCUCCUGAUGCUCAGCCUGAACCUCUGCUGGCACAGCUUGAGGCUCUGUCCUGUGCAAAGAGACUCCAUACAAUACAUUGCUGGGGAUUGUGUUUACAAAAUAUCUGGCAUAAGAAUGUAGGAAAUGGAGAAAAGAUCAGUUACCUAAAAAUGGCAAGCACAGUAUUGCCCUUUUAUUAGCUUUAUUGUAUAAUAGGACUUAACAAAAAUCCUACCUGUCACCAGCAAAUUAUACAAAUCCCCUCUAAGAGAUAAUUUCAUACUGCAUGUACAUGUCUGACUCCAGCUGACUCUGGUCUGUAUGAAAUAAUCAAAUUGAUACCCUUGGCCUAUUAACCUUUUGUAUAAGCUGAUAGCUCUUGGCUGUAUCAUUAAAUCCAAGGUUUUCUGCUGAGCAACAUUCUUAUGAACUUGUCAGUUUCAUUUAAUGUCAGCUUCCUGUAGGCAACAACACAAACACAAACUUUUAAGACCCAAAUGCAUACCAUUUUUUUUUAGGGAAUUUUGCUAGAUGGUUGUCACUUUAUUUUUUAGUUUUUCUAGCCUUCUGUAAUAGAGAAGGUAAAACGAGCUUCUAGUUCUAUUAAAAAAUCUGUUGUCAUUAAAGUGAGCAUCAAAAAUUCAAACAGAAGUAGUCAAAGUUUUUAUCCACAUACUCAAACCAUUCCAUGAAAAGAAGCCAUGAAAAACAACAGCAUGCACUUUCAAGAGCUGAGGAGUGGGAGAACAGGUACUGAACAGAAGGAGAACACCCCACAGUGACAUGGAACUGGGCUGGGUGUACAGCCGUGUUCCAGGAUGCCCCAAGAACUUCCAUCUUCAGCUGCAUCUCAUGCCUGAUUUCUUCCUGUGAGCUGGGAAUUCAGUUCCGCCACCAGCACAGGUGCCAGCACAGCCCCACUCCAAAACACAGGAGAUUAAAUCGGCAGAGACAGGCUGCUACUGGCAAGAUCAUGAACUGCAGUCUGGCAAGCAUUAAACUUUUUUUAAGAGCUCUGUGACAGAGAUCAGCAGUAUUCAUAGCAACAGAGGAGACUGCACUUGGAAAUAAAAUGUGAAGCUACAAGGGAAUCAAAAUGACCUGCCCACCUCGGAGUCACUCUUUCUACCACUGUUGUAACAAGGAAGAGAGUUAACUAUGUAUGUUCUUCCUCACUGUUCAGCUUCUUCAGGCCAUUAAGCAGUGCAGAUGAAAACAAGAGGAAUAUAAACCAGGCAGUAACUAAAGAGUAACAGUCUUUCUCAAUCCUCUUCAUCCUUACAUAGUCUAUAAUCACAACAGGCGAAUUCUCUUUUUCCUUUCCCAAAGAGGAAAUAUGCUUGAUACUAUCUAUGUUAAACAUGAAAAGUUAAAUCACCUAAAUUAUCAAAAUAUGCUUGCUAGAAAUAUGCUGAACACUCCUGUUCUGAGAAAUAAGACAUCCCCACUAUGCAAAUUUAAUUGGUCUGUCAAAGAGUUUUCUCCUGUGAAAGGCUGGGAAAAGGAGGAUAUGCUGGAAUAUUUGUAUUUAUAGGAUACACCUCCAGACCGUAUCAUCUUUUUUUUUUUUUUUAAAUAUGGUCAAGCAUUUUUGAUGAUUGUUUUGCAUUUUAUCAAAAGCUAAACAAUCUUCAGCCCUCAACUUCAUCCAAGGUAGAAGUAACCAUCCCUCACAGAAGGGAGUGCCGGGCAGUGCACUUGAAAGAACAGACUUAAUUUCCAAGCUAACAAGAAAGUUCUGUUAGAAAUUUUUUUUUCUAAUUACCAAUAACCACAGCCCUAGAAGAGUUAAAUUUGCACCCUGUCAGCUCUGUGCAGACACUUACACACUCUGUAGGGUGCCAGAAGAUCCCUGCCCAUCUGGCUGGGGGUUGGCUCUUUCACUCAGUGAGGAACUGCUUGUAGGUAAACACUGCAGCAAGAGCAAGUGCUGGUAGAAGAAGAUUGGGGCAGUUUAUGUGGUUUAAGAGAACACCUAGUUUCAUUAAAACUAGGUACUGAAAUUUAUUUUUUGCAUUGUUUAAUCUGUAGAGAAUAUAAUAAUUUAAAGAAGAGUUUUGCUAAAAGAAACACCUGGUAGAACAUACACAUUUCAGUACUUUAUACAUUGCUUUACUUUCACAGAAAGAGAUGUUUUGCUGUGGUUUUUUAGUUACAUGUGAUAGAAACAGAUUUUAAAUGCUGAAAUCAGGAUGCCACAAGAUGAAUUGCAACUUGGUAUUUUGCAUGCAGCUCAGUCUAGCAAAGAAAAAAAAAACAUUUUUAACAUACCUGUUUAAAACUGGAUUUGUUAAAUGUCUAUGUACUUAGUUGUUUGCAAAUCAUGACCUAGGAGAUAGGCUUUUCAUAUUGGAGAAUCGUGGGUGUUGGCCUUUCUGUUUUAAAGAAUAGACUCAAAUAAUGUAACUCUGAUUAAAUAAAACAAAUGUUUUACACUUC